AUGAUUAUUGAUGAGUUAUUGAAAACAUAUAACCAAAAUAUUGCAAUUCUAUUUAAAGAAAUAAAUCUUAUCGAAGAUAUAAAUGAGAAAAAUUUAUUAGAUAAUAUUGAAUUAGAAGAUGAAGUUCAGAUAGAUAAAAUAGUUGGCUUU